GCAGAGCGGACCGUAAGGCGCGUUUGACAAGCGGGGGUUUGGUAUAAGAGGCUUCUCUUAUCAAUUUGAAUAUUGAACUGGUUGGAACAAAACAUAACUAUUAAAAUAAUUAUUCAAGAAAGAAAUCAACAGUAUUACUUCCUGGGAGAUUGAAGAAUUAGCCACAUAAAAUGUCUGAAUUAACCUCUAUCACCGACUUCCCGAAGCCGAAGACUGUCACGGGCGGUUGUCUCUGCGGCGCGAUCAGGUACCAGGCUAACUUUCCAGAGGACCAUGAUUUCUUAAAAUCAAGUGGUAGUUGUCAAUGCACUCAAUGUAGGCGCAACACCGGAGCCUUGAUUUUCGUGGCGCAUACCGCACCACUCAGUGGGUUCACAUUCCUAACGUCGACCACGACACUAAAGAAUUUCUACGCAACCCCUGGUUUUCAACGCGGGUUUUGCACUGAUUGUGGGAGUUUCUUGUACUGGAGGGAUGAAUCGCGUCAAGACAUUGCGCUCGCCGUAGGAGGUGUGGAUCCUGAGUUUCUGUCCAAGUUCGGAUUUGCGCUUGCGAACGCCUCUGGAAACAACGUGUGGUGCGAGAACGAGAUUAAGGGAGUUACUGAUGGUCUAGUUGGCAAGCAGAGAGGUGUCAAGUGGGCUAGGAGUAGUGAGGAGGGUGUAAGGAUGUAGAGUAGGAUACCAAGUCGAGGAAUUAGUUGCAGUCAGGCAUAUGAUCAAUCGAGUGCUAAUCAAUUGAUUCUUGCCAUGGUUGUCUCCUAGAGUAAGCGAAACAUUCAGUGGCAUGAAUGAACACCAAUAGCAGA